UUCCAGACAUUAGCAAGAAGACCUCGGACACUGGGUGAGACAAGCGACAUGGGGAGUCUGCUCCGUAUCCCCGUUCUCCUGGUUCUGUGCAUCUUUUUCCAGUCAAGUGCCUGUGGACAAGACGUGGGAACCGAGCCAUUUGGGAGAAGCCAGGGAACUACUAAAGCAAGGAAACCAUCCCAGGAGACAGAGACCAGAUUCCUGCUCUUCAAAGACAAAGGCGAUCGCCAGGGCUGUCAGCUCCGACUCCAGAGCCCAGAAACGCUGCAGGAGUGUGGCUUCAACUCCUCCCAGCCACUGGUCAUGGUCAUCCACGGGUGGUCGGGCUCAGAAAGUGCUACCCUGGGGAAAAAUUCAGACAGUGAAUCUCAGGUGGAUGGCUUGCUAGAAAGUUGGAUCUGGAAGAUGAUGGGCGCGCUGAAGUCCCAACAGUCCCAACCCGUGAACGUGGGUUUAGUGUACUGGAUCUCCCUGGCAUACCAACACUAUGCCGUCGCCGUUCGCAACACCCGAAUUGUGGGCCAGGAGGUGGCUGCUCUGCUCCUGUGGCUGGAGGAAUCUGUGAGGUUUUCUCGAAGCAAAGUUCACCUAAUCGGGUACAGCCUGGGAGCGCACGUCUCAGGAUUCGCAGGCAGCGCCAUGGGUGGAAAGCACAAGAUCGGAAGAAUCACAGGGCUGGACCCUGCAGGCCCUCUGUUUGAGGGAGCUUCCCCCAACGACCGUCUUUCUCCAGACGAUGCUGAUUUUGUGGACGCCAUUCAUACCUUCACCCGGGAGCACAUGGGCCUGAGUGUGGGCAUCAAACAGCCCGUUGCCCACUAUGACUUCUACCCCAAUGGGGGCUCCUUCCAGCCCGGCUGCCACUUCCUGGAGCUCUACAAACACAUUGCUGAGCAUGGCUUGAAUGCCAUCACCCAGACCAUUAAAUGUGCCCACGAGCGCUCGGUGCACCUCUUCGUCGACUCCUUGCUGCACAGUGGCCUGCAGAGCACCGGCUUCCAGUGCAGCGACAUGGACAGCUUCAGCCAGGGCCUAUGUCUGAACUGCAAGAGGAGCCGCUGCAACACCAUGGGCUAUGACAUCCGCAGGAACCGCUCGGGCAAGAGCAGGAGGCUCUUCCUCAUCACCCGAGCCCAGUCCCCCUUCAGAGUUUAUCAUUACCAGUUCAAGAUCCAGUUCACCAAUCAAAUUGAGAAGCCAGGGGAGCCCACUUUUACCAUGUCUCUGCUGGGAACCAAAGGAGAAAUGAAGAAAAUUCCCAUCACACUGGGCGAAGGAAUUGCCAGAAAUAAAACCUAUUCCUUCCUUAUCACGCUGGACAAAGACAUUGGCCAGUUGAUAGUGAUCAAGUUCAAGUGGGAAAACAGUGCGGUAUGGACCAACGUCUGGAACACAGUGCAGACCAUCAUGCCAUGGGGCAUGGAACCUCACUACUCAGGCCUCAUUCUGAAGACCAUCUGGGUCAAAGCUGGAGAGACACAGCAAAGAAUGACAUUUUGCCCUGAAAAUGUGGAGGAUCUACAACUUCACCCCACCCAGGAGAAAGUCUUUGUGAAAUGUGAACUGAACUCUAAAAGACUGAAGCCAAAGGGCAGAUGAGUCAAAGAGACCCAUGCACAAAAUGAAUAAAUAAAUAAAGUAAACCUUAUUCUUUA